CCACAUCAUGGACUCCUUCAGCAACGAGAAAGACGAGAAGCAAGACCAUGGUGUCGCUGUUUUCUUGAAGGAGAUCGAUACCGGCGCCGCUCUGCUCGCCGGGGGCGACUCUGUCCAGCUGGAUGCCACAGAAGGGGAGCGAAUCCGGCGAAAGAUCGACAUGCAUAUCUUGCCUUUAAUGUGUGUUCUUUACUGGAUCCAGUUCAUGGACAAAACAACCUUGGGUAAUUCUGCUAUUCUGGGCAUUCGCACGGCAACCCAUUUGACAACAAACCAGUACAAUUGGUUGGGAACCAUUUUCUACCUGAGCUACCUGGUUUUCGAGUAUCCUCAGAAUCUGGCCCUCCAACGGUUCCCUGUGGGCAAGUGGAUGAGCUGCAACAUCUUCAUUUGGGGUGUCGCCCUCUGCUCUCACGCUGCCUGCAAGAACUUUGCCGGGCUAUUCAUUGUCCGUCUGAUCCUUGGCGCGUGCGAGGGAUCCAUUACGGCCGGUUUUAUGAUCGUCAGCUCCAUGUUCUAUACUCGCAACGAACAAACAGUCCGAGUUGGAUACUGGUUCCUCAUGAAUGGGACCGCUCAGAUCAUCUCCGGGUUCCUCAGUUUUGGAUCACUUCAUAUUCACACCAGUGGUUUUGAGCCAUGGCAAUGGCUCAUGAUCAUCACCGGAGCCUUAACCCUCAUCACUUCUGCAUGCUUCUUUUUCUUCUUCCCUGAUUCGCCAACGAAUGCAUGGUUUUUGACUUCUGAAGAGCGCGCUAAGGCCGUCUUGCGCAUCAAGGAGAAUCAAACAGGUGUCGAGAAUAAACAUUUCAAGAAGGAGCAGAUGUAUGAAGCUUUCAUGGAUCCAAAGACAUGGCUCUUUGCACUCUUCGCUGCACUGGACAACGUCCCAAACUCUCUGACUAACCAGACCGCCAUCAUUAUUACCGAGUUCGGGUUUUCAAACCUACAAACGACGUUGUUGGGAUGCGUGGGUGGAGUGGUCGAGAUCCUCACGAUCUUCACCGGCGUCAAAAUUGCCUCUCGUAUGCCUAACAGCCGAGCCUGGGUCGGGAUUAUAUACUUCAUCCCGAAUAUCAUGGGCUGUCUUUUGGUGAGCCUCUUGCCAUGGAGUCACAAGGUUGGACUACUUUUUAGUGUAUGGCUCACUGGUGUUGGGACGACUGGAUUUGUGUUGGCGCUUGCCUGGGUCGGUCAAACAACUUCCGGCCAUACUAAGAAGAUCACGACCAACGCCAUCAUGCUCUCUGCUUAUUGCAUCGGCAACUCCGCCGGCCCUUUCAUGUGGCAGGCAAGGUACAAGCCCAGAAAUCGCGUUCCGUGGAUCAUAAUCGGCGUCUGCUAUCUGGCUUGCAUGUUGCUGAUGUAUUCAAUUCGUCUUCUACUCUCACGCGAAAACAAGCGUCGGGAUAACGAGCCCCACGAUGAUACUUAUGAGGAUGUGUACGUUGAGAAAGUAAUGGAAGACGGGUCUCGAGUGGAAGUCAAGGUUCUGAAGGAAUUCUUGGAUCUGACAGAUAGACAGAAUAGGGAGUUCAGAUAUGUACUGUAGAAAUGUUAGUGUACGAAUAUGCCAUGACCUCUUGACACUG